UUGCAUUUGUUGUUGUGGGGAAGCAGCAGGCAGAAACAGCGGCGGCGGUGGUGGACUGCACAGUGACAGGGCGUUAUUUUUUACAUGCUUACAACACUAAACGAAGACGGUGACACUCGCGGAUCGCUAGGAACGUGUCUGAAAAACCCUGUCCGUCAUGGAGUCCUAUGACAUUUUAGCUAACCAGCCGGUGGUUAUUGAUAAUGGGUCGGGGGUCAUCAAGGCUGGUUUUGCUGGUGACCAGAUCCCCAAAUACUGCUUCCCUAACUAUGUGGGACGUCCCAAGCAUGUGCGCGUGAUGGCUGGAGCCUUGGAGGGAGAUCUGUUCAUCGGACCCAAGGCAGAGGAGCACAGGGGUCUGCUGUCGGUGCGCUACCCGAUGGAGCAUGGGAUAGUGAACGACUGGAACGACAUGGAGAGGAUCUGGCAGUACGUUUACUCCAAGGAGCAGCUGCAGACCUUCUCAGAGGAGCAUCCUGUGCUGCUGACUGAGGCUCCUCUAAACCCCAGUAAGAACAGAGAGAAGGCCGCAGAGAUCUUCUUUGAGACCUUCAACGUUCCUGCUCUCUUCAUCUCCAUGCAGGCCGUGUUGAGCUUAUAUGCCACCGGCCGCACCACUGGGGUGGUGUUGGACUCUGGUGACGGUGUGACCCAUGUGGUGCCCAUCUACGAGGGCUUCGCCAUCCCACACUCAAUCAUGCGUGUGGACAUCGCUGGCAGAGACGUCUCCCGAUACCUCCGUCUGCUGCUGCGCAAGGAAGGCUACAACUUCAACACAUCAGCUGAGUUCGAGGUGGUGCGCACCAUAAAAGAGAGAGCCUGCUACCUGUCCCUGAACCCGCAGAAGGAUGAGACUUUAGAAACGGAGAAGGCUCAGUAUGUCCUUCCUGAUGGAAGCACUUUAAAUAUCGGACCGGCCAGAUUCCGGGCCCCAGAGCUGCUGUUCAGACCCGACCUGAUCGGAGACGAGAGCUCGGGAAUCCAUGAGGUCCUGGCCUACGCCAUCCAGAAGUCUGACAUGGACCUGCGGCGCACGCUCUUUUCCACCAUCGUACUAUGCGGCGGGUCAACACUGAUCAAAGGGUUUGGAGAGAGGCUACUAACUGAGGUCAAAAAACUCGCACCAAAAGACGUGAAGAUCAAGAUCUCCGCUCCCCAGGAACGGCUGUACUCCACAUGGAUCGGCGGCUCCAUCUUGGCAUCAUUGGACACCUUUAAGAAGAUGUGGGUGUCCAAGCGGGAAUAUGAAGAAGACAGAGCGCGUGCCAUCCACAGGAAGACCUUCUAGAUUUGGAUCGGCACCACGCGUACGCCAGCCCCUCCCCAUCAGAACUGCCCUCAGAACCCCUC